GUCUUGCCAGGCCCCAAGUAUCCAGUCUGGGGAUGUGGCAAGUGCGGCGAGAGCGGCAACUGGGCCAGCAGGCUCAAGUGCCGCAGUUGCGGAGGGGCCGCGCCAGUGCGGGUCCAGCAGGACGCCCGUGCUGCAGCAGCCAAGGUGGUGCGCCCACCGCAGGGGCGCGGCGGCAGUGGCUCCAACGGCGGCGACCAGUCGCGGCUGGCCAAGGAGGUCAAGGAGCUCAAGCAGCAGCUGGCGGUCGUCGGCUUUCUCAAGAGCCACGGCAUCGACUCGGCGCUCAUCGCCAAGGUCGAGGAGGCCCAGGAGCGGCUCCAGCAGUGCGAGAUCCAGAAGCAGGAGCUCCUCAAGGGGAUCGCCGAGGCCACUGAGUCGCUGGCCGAGGCGCGGAAGGACCUUGAGCACCACGCGAAGAUGCUCCACAAGGUCAACUUCAAGGAUGUGGACGACCCCGUGGCUGUCGGCAUGGCUGGCUUGGACCCCACGGCGGCUGACAACGCGGAAGGGAAGCAGGCGCUCGAGACCCUCAAGCGGCUGCAGCGCGCGGCCAAGGAGGCGGCUGAGCGCAAGGCCGCUGAAGGCGGCAGGGAUCCCG